AUGGAUCGGCAGCCACACGAUUACACCUCCGCCUCCGCCAUGGCCUACGCCCAACAGCAGCGCCAAGCAGCCACCAACAUCCAACAGCAGCAGCAGCAACCGCCCCAGCAGCAGCAAUUCGGGUACCCGCCCCCACAAACCCAACAGUUCCACGGCCCGCCUUACGUGGGCCCACACCCCUCUCUCCAGCAACAAUUCCCCUACCACCCUCACUUGCAGCAGCCGCAGGUCCUCCCUCACGCGCCGCAACACCCCCACCACCUCCCUCCGCCUCCCUCCUUUGCCCCCCACCUCCCCCCUCCUUUAGUCCCCUCCCCCUUCCACUCCGGCCCCACUUACGACUCUCCGCCUCCGCCACCGCCGGCCGCCCCUCCAUCCGACCCAGAGCUCCACAAGCUGAUCGACAAGGUCGCCGAGUACGCCGCCAAGGUGGGGCCGGAUUUCGAAGCGACGGUCAGGGAGAAACAGCAGGACAAUCCCGAGUACGCCUUCUUGUUCGGCGGCGAUGGCCACGGCUACUACCGCUACAAGCUCUGGAUAUCGAAGUGGGGCCCCGGCGGGUCAUUCAACCAGCCCGGGUUCCCCCCUGCAUCCAUGCACAUGCUGCGACCUCCGCCGAACCCCAUGAUGAACGGGCCGCCGUCUGCCGGGGCGAUGAUGGGUGGGCCGCUGCCGUCUUAUUUCUACGAGCAACAGCGGCACGGUCAGCCGUUUGGAGUUUAUGGGCGUCCAGAGUACGACCAGUCGUCGAACAAGCCCUUCAAAGGGCUUUCUGGGCCGCUUCCGCCUGAGGUUGCGAUAGAGCUGAAUAGUGUGCUGAAGUCGCUGAAUGGGACCAAAGAGUCCAUUAAAGGAGCGAAAUUUUGGUUUAUGCAGAGGUCGAUAUUUGCGCCUGCUCUGGCUGAAGCUCUUAGAGAGAGGGUGUUUGGCUUGGAUGAUUGUGAGAGGCAACUGCAUGUGAUUUACCUUGCCAAUGACAUUUUGUUUGACAGCUCGCAUCGGCGUACUGGUGAAGGCCUUGAUAAUGAAUCCCUUGCACUUAAACCUAUCUUAGGUUCCAUGCUUGCAAGGAUUUAUCACAACCCUCAAAUCACAGAGGACAAUCAAUUGAGGUUGCAGCAAAUUUUACAGUUAUGGGCUUCUAAUAACAUUUACGAUCAGGAUACUAUUGAUGCACUUAGGAAUGAGAUGAUGGGUGGACCCUCAAGCAAUUCUUUUACAGGGCUUCCAAAAGACUUAUCUUCUGCUUCAACAGAUUCAGCUGCAGGAUUGCCACCACAGACAACUAACCAUAACAUGCUGCAAUGGCAGCCUGAUAGGCAAAGUUCUGUUUCCAGUUCACACGACCAAGAUCAUCUUGAUAAACAUGCAGGUCCUGGCCAAGCCAUGCCGCUGUCCGUGCCAUCCCAGCAAUUUCUUCCAAAUUCAAUCCCUCCUGCUGCUUUUCCAGGGUCAAUGCCCAUACCAUCUUCUGUUCAACCAGUAAUAAACCAACAACCUGCACCACAUAUACUGCCAGGUCAACCUGCUAAUAGUGGUGAGAAGUUACCACCAUAUCCUCUGUUCCCACCUGGUCUUAUUCCUGAAAUGGUCAGAAAGAUGCAGAUUGGAAGUGGUGUGCCGUAUUCUCCAAUGAGUCCUUUGGACAUUCCAACUGUUAUACCUCCAUCCAAUGUACCUCAAUCAGAAAUUCUUGAGAGAGUGUCAAAAUUCUUCAAAGAGAUUGGUGAAGUUAAUCCUUCUGAAGGGCCCCUUCAUAAUACCGAUGGUAGGGACGAGGAUGAGUAUGAAAGAGAGCCUUCGGUGCGCAAGGGUGGAGCUUGCAUCCCUCCACCUCCAAACCUGCAGAUAGACCCAGAGACAGGAACUUAUGCGGAUGGCAGUGUAGAUCGAAAGAGUGGCUCGGGGAGGUUGGGACUUGGAGCCACAGCUGAUCCAAAUGAGGCAAGCCAAUACGAUGAUGUUUAUUCUUCUUACAGGAAACAAAGGAGCACCAACUACCACUCAUCCAUGAGUGCAAGAGCUGCAACAAGGUGA